AUCUGUCGGGUUGGCUGAGGUUGCCUCGGAGGCGGCGGGAGGCGCGGCAGGGCGGCUGGCGAAGCGGCUGGCGGGUGCCAACUCCCGAAGGCCGCCGUUGGGGCGAGGUGUCCUCAUGACUUCUCUUGCGGACCAUGUCCAUGAUCUUUUUUGCCUGCGUGGUACGGAUGAGGGAUGGACUGCCCCUCUCAGCCUCUACUGACUUUUACCACACCCAAGAUUUUAUGGAAUGCAGGAGACGGCUCAAGACGUUAGCCUUGCAGCUGGCCCACUACCCAGGUCGAGGUUCCACAGAAGGUGGUGACUUCCGUAUAUAUUUUUCAUCUUCAGGGAAUGUAGCCUGCAUGGCUAUCUGCUCCCACCAGUGUCCAGCAGCCAUGGUCUUCUGCUUCCUGGAGACCCUAUGGUGGGAAUUCACAGCUUCCUAUGACACCACGUGCAUUUGCCUAGCCUCCAGGCCAUACGCUUUCCUCGAGUUCGAUAGCAUCAUUCAGAAAAUGAAGUGGCAUUUUAACCACAUCAGUUCCUCUCAGAUGGAGAGCAGCUUGGAAAAAGUUCAGGAGGAGCUUGAGAUCCAGCCUCCAGUGGUUGUCACUCUGGAGGACACAGACGUGGCAAAUGGGGUGGUGAACGGUCACACACCAAUGCAUUUGGAGCCUGAAAUGAUUUUCACUAGACACUUACUUUUUUUUAAUUGUGAAGCUCCUAAUUUCCGAAUGGAACCAGUGACAGCCCUGGGUAUCCUCUCCCUUGUCCUCAACAUCAUGUGUGCCGCAUUGAAUCUCAUUCGUGGAGUUCACCUUGCAGAACAUUCUUUACAGGUUGCCCAGGAGCAAAUUGGAAACAUUCUGGCUUUUCUUAUUCCUUUUGUAGCCUGCAUUUUCCAGUGUUAUUUGUACCUGUUCUACAGCCCAGCCAGGACUGUGAAAGUGAUGCUAAUGCUGCUCUUCAUUUGCCUGGGCAACGUGUACCUGCAUGGGCUGAGGAACCUCUGGCAAAUCCUCUUCCACAUAGGAGUGGCUUUUCUGUCUUCAUAUCAGAUACUGACAAGGCAGCUUCAGGAGAAGCAGUCCGAUAGUGGAGUGUAAGGAUGACACAAUGUGAUGAAUGGACCCUUUGGUUUUCUUUUGAAGGUCAAUCUGUAUCUCCCUUCUUGCUUCUCCACUUAUCUCAAGUUUCCAUCCUUGAAGUUCCUUUCAACCAAACUGGACUGAAAAACUAAAAACUGAAGAUUUUUAACAUGUGCAGCCGAAGUCAUGAGGUCACUUGGCUUUGUGGUGAAUUGUGGAAUCUCCAGUUCACCAUGUUUACUUAGGAUGGUAGAAUCUGGGGGUUCACUCAGAAAGAGCAUUAUUGGGAGAUCAGAAUGGAAAUAUCGUGGUCUUUUAAAUUGAAUGAUGCGAUAAGCCACUAGAUUUAAUACCACUAAUUUUAGUAAUUGGCAGUUGUCUCUAAGGAGCCACUUUAAAAUCCAAAUGAGCUUUUUAGUCUAAAUAUGACUGGUUAGUUUUUUUUGUUUGUUUGUUUGUUUUUUACAGGGCCGGUACAACAUGAAUUAAAAACUUUAAAAUGUGGUUUAUAAGUAUAAGCUAGAUAAAUUUUGUUUACAUUUUUUGAUAACUUAGGUUCAAUAUGCCUUUGGGAUAUUUAAAUAUAUUUUAGAUAUAAAUUGAACUUCAUUUAGGGUGAAGACAAACUGAAGCUGAAAAGAAAAUGGUUAAGAAAUCUGUUUAUUUAAUUUAUGUAAAGACUUUCAUGGUGGUGGGGCUAUGUGGGUACAGAAAUGUUUUGUAUUUAUUUACAGGGUAUAUCUGAGUACUUUUAAAAUUAAUUGAGUAAGCAAUACUAUUGGCUCAUAAGCUUUUGAGCACAAGAAGAAAUGAGAAUAUCAGGAAAUAUCCUUAUAAUUGCUCACAAACUGGAGUAGGUGAAUGACAUGGAUUCAGUGACACUUUGCAGACCCAGUUGGAAGAGGCUCCUGUCAUCAGCCUUUUAAAUAGCAGCUGAGUGCCUGUCAUUUUAAUGAUAAUGAAUACUUGACCCUGUCUGCCUGUUCCCAGAGGGCCUCCCAAAUUAAUUACUCCUCUACACCUUUCCCAGUAAUCUUAAUUAGCUCAAGGACCUCAUUUUUUCAUGAACACCAGUUAAAUAGAUGUUAACUUUUUAAAGCUUUAUAAAGAUAUGAUUAACACAUGCUCUGGAAGGUUACAUUCAUUGUCAAAAAAUUGAUCAUAAUACAGUUUUCCAAAAUACAGUUCUGAAUAAGAUUCCUUCGGUCUUCAGAAAUUUCAGCCUGGGUUGUCUAGUACCACUCAGGAGGCCAUUUCGGCGGUUUGCCUUUUGGAUUGUUCUUUGUAGAAGUCUGGAAUCUGACUAGCUCAUUCACAGGUGCAUGGAAUACUUUGGGUGAGUUAUGUGGCCUUGAUAAAUUUAAAAAAUUCUAUUUUGAUAGUUCUUAAAAGUGGAAAACCAUUGCCGGAGUUACUGAGUAGGUGGGGAGAGUGAGAAUGUAGUUGUGGGGAAUUCAGUUGUAUUCACUUAUUACUGCUAUUGUAUUGUUAUUGAGCUACCUUGGUAUCAUUUUAACAAAAACAAGUUUAUAUGACUGGGAACUGUGUUGUGAAAAUGUUGCAAUGGUAAUGUUAUUUUCCUAUAAUAGAAUUUUGUAUUUUUAGCCAAACAUAAAAUAUCUGGAUGUGGAUAUUAUAUUGGCAACAUCCUCAGAUAUAAAAUCCAAAGUUGUCUCUCCAUUGAUUUCACAUCUGCAUAAUUUUCUGCAAAUGCAGCAGGUGAAUUUUCAGUCUUUCUGAAGAGGUGGUAAAAUGGAAUGGGAAGCCAGGAAGGGAAGAAAAAUCCUUUUAAAUUAGAAGUACAAGAAAGCUGUUAAAGUUGAUAAGAACAGCUUAAAAAUGUAUUGUUUUCUUUUUAAGCCUGUCUGGUAUUGGUGAUGCCCUGUAGCCCUGUACUCCAGAUGCUUCAGGUUUCUGAGCCUGUGCUCCACAUUCAGGAAGCAGUAAAGAAACAGUCCUUGAAGAUGAGUUUUUCCUGGUGAUUGCUUCCUGCCCACUGAGGCACCAGUGGGAAUGCCAUCCACACUUAGGUGAACGUGGUCUUAGCUAAUAUCUACGUGGGGUUUGAGAUUUAUUUUUGCAAACAAAAGGAAAAGAUGCACUAGAAAAACAGUACAAAUAAUGACUACAAAAACAUUUUUUAACUGAAAUGCAGCUAAAAGAAACCUUAACUCACUAGAGGAAGAGAUAGGAAAGAAGUUCUGACAAUUUCAUCCAUGGGAAAUCUCAGGCUUUGGGUUGACUUGGUUCAGGCUUGGAGGUUUGUAGCCCCUUGUGUGAUCCUUGAUGACAGAAAGCUGGUUCCAGAUCUGAGGCGUUAUCCUUAGUCCAUCAUGGACUGACUCACUCCUAUCACCUUUGUUUUCCCAGUGAUUAAGUGCUACCUACCUGACCUCACAGGCUAGAUCUGGCAAUAGGUGGAAUACUGUUGAAGACAAAACCUUAAAGGUGCCUUCUGGUAUCAGGUGCUGCAAAAUCUUGAGCAUCAGAGUGCGUUAAGUCCCAUCUCUUGUAUCAGGGUCAGUGUGGCUCAGUGCUCUUAGGGUUUCCCAACCACGGAACCAAAGCCCAAAGGGUUUUCACUUCCCCAAGUAUCCUAAUGAAGGAAACAUGUAGUUUCUGGUAUAUUUUCCCUAGGCCAGCCUUGUCGUAAUGAGGAAUGUACCUGGCUUUUCUUUUCCUAGGUGGAGAUAGCUAGGGGCACAUUUGGGGUGGCAGGCCCUCUCAGGACCAGAAGCCCCACUGCCUGCGGAGAGGGAAAUGUGACCAUAGGCUCCCAGUUUUGUUCCUUGGCUUGCACCCUGUUAUCUGUGAACUCUGUUGACAUACAUCAUGAACCAGGGCACAACAUUUUAAAGUUCUUUAAGGGGUACAGAAAAGGUAUUGGGAAGAAUGCUGAAAUUAAAACGUUUAAUCAUUUUCAUCAGCCUCACCUUGAGAUCCUCUGUUCUUUUCUAGGUACACUGUUCUCCAAUUCCCCUGCCUCUUUCCACCUCUGCCCCACACACUUCAGCCUGGGGACUGAGGCUGAAACUGGAGUUGCUGGAGGGAUGCAAAAGCCACCUUUAAUUAUAAUUGAUAGGAUGGGUAGAGGAGCUUCAGAGAGGGAGCAGAUUGCAUUUAGGUCUAGUCCUCUCACUGGCCUGGGAGUCAGGUCUCAGAGGGGUGUAGCACUUUGAUGUUCAGCACUGCUUAGAGCAAGGUGGCUGUUAGGGGCAUGGGAACCUGGAGGUAGGUGGGGAGCAGAGCUGGGGUCUGCAGCAGCUGCCCCUUGGCAUGUGUGGGCCGCAUACUGCACCUUCAUCCAUCCCCAAAGGGCUCGACCACUCAUUGUAACAGCAGGACAGAGGCCCUCAGAGAACAUGCUGUUUGCUUGCAUAGUGCAGCUCAGGUGAGGACAGGCAGGGAAGGGAGUGUUUACAGUGAUCAGAUGGGCCCAGCAAACCCCUGCUCAGACAUUGCUCAUAUUCCAAAUGUUCUUACAUAGGAUCCUGCACAGGUCUGGGAAAGCUCUGCCUGUGUACUGUGAAUGUUAAUAAUAGUGGAGGAAGAGAGAGUAUAUGUGCCCUUGAGAGACAGGGCCAGGGGGAGCAUACCAGUCAGCUGGUCAAUGGCUUGGAGAUUGGCUUGGCUCUUCCAUUCAGUCCUGUGUCACUGUGGGCAUGUCACUGCCUAUCCAGCCUCAAUUUCCUCAUUUGGGAAAGAGCGAUAACAUCAACCUGCUCCCCUGGCAUGCUGUUGUGAGGAUCAAAAGUGGCAGUGGAGGGGAAUACUGGGUGAAUCCAUCGUUCGUGUGCGGGCAGAGAAAGGCUUUGAGUUCAGCGGGUACACGCAGGUUCUUCUGCAUGCUUCAGUCAGCAAAGCACAGCCCUGUCUUCUGGGCUUUUCAGAAAGGCAUUUUAUGAUACUGUAGUGUAAAUGGCCUCAUUCUUUCACUACAGAAAGUUAGCAGCCUCUCUUUCCCCACAUGAACCUGUCCCUCACUUCCCAGGCACAGAGGCUGUGGUACCAUUGGUGUUUGGUCUGUUCCAGGAUACAAAGAGGCCAGUUCUGCUAGUUGUACCAAACCUCAGUGUUCAUCCCCCACUCAAAAAAAAAUCUCUGAUUCUCCAUUCUGGGAGCAGUGAUGUCAAACUUCUGUUGCUGGGGAAACCUCCUCAGCAGGGGACCUGUGGAAAAGGGCUUGUUAGUAAAAUCUGGGAAUGGCUGGAUAUGGAAACAUCUGCCCAUGUGUACUGAUGGCAGAGCUGUUGUCCACAAGCACCUUUAAUUAGGGUAGAAUUAUCAGACCCAUUCUGUUCCUCUGACUUGUGCUCAGUACAUAUAACCUUUAACCCUUACAUUUAUAUGAUUGUGGGGUGGCUUCAGAAGUACUAUUUAAUGAAUUAUUCAUAUGACUUGACCUUCAGGAUUCUAUUUUGUUUAAUGGACUUUUCUAUUAAGAGCGUAAAAGAUUGAGGCUGAUUCAGUCAGGGCAAACCAUUUACUCCACAUACUCAUUUCAAUUUCUCGCUGUGGAUGUUACACAAGCUUCUUACUGUUUUCAUGUAACAACAAAAAUCUAUUUUGAGUAAAUGAUGGGUAGGUUUUAACAAACUUUCACGUAGUAGUAAAACCUAAACUUGUGUUAAUGUCUGUAAAGAACGUAUAGACAUUUAUAUACUAUGUAUAUAUAAAUUAAAUGA